AAAAAAAAAAAAAAAGUGUUGAAAUAAAAAAAAAUAGAGAUCUGUGUGGUUCUGAAUCUCACACAAACACACACUAUGAGAAGAGCUUCCUCUGUUUUACUCUUCAGGACUCUCGCCGCCGCACGCGGCGGCUCCGCCGCAUCCAUCCCUGUCUCUAACCGUUUUCUUCAAUCCACUCUUUACGGUACUACAGCUGGAUCAUCUCCAAUUCGUCGCCGUUGGUUCUCUUCCAUCCUCGCAACCGCCGCCGGGACUUCUCUCGCUGUCGGAGGUGCUUUGAUCGCUGCGUCGUCUAUCUCUGAGGGAGCACUCGCUAAGGAACCACCUCCGCCACAUACUCUACCUAAAGACGUCGUUCUUUAUCAGUAUGAAGCUUGCCCUUUCUGCAACAAAGUUAAAGCAUUUUUGGACUACUAUGACAUACCAUACAAAGUUGUGGAGGUCAACCCGCUUAGCAAGAAAGAAAUCAAAUGGUCUGAGUAUCAGAAGGUGCCAAUUGUAAUGAUAGACGGCGAGCAGCUAAAUGACUCAUCAGCUAUAAUUGACAAGCUCGGGGAGAGGAUUCUGUCUAAGAAAAAGACAGACUCAACCUCUGAGGACGAUGAAGAGACAAAAUGGCGGAAGUGGGUUGAUAAUCAUUUGGUACACGUUCUGUCACCCAAUAUAUAUCGAAAUACCUCUGAAGCUCUUGAGUCCUUUGACUAUAUUACGAGCAAUGGCAAUUUUAGCUUUAUGGAAAAAAUUUCGGUGAAGUAUGCUGGAGCUGCAGCUAUGUAUUUUGUGUCCAAGAAGCUAAAGAAGAAAUAUAACAUUACCGAUGAACGUGCUUCUCUUUAUGAGGCAGCAGAAACAUGGGUAGAUGCUCUGAAUGGCCGCGAAUUCCUUGGAGGAUCUAAGCCGAACUUCGCUGAUCUUGCUGUCUUUGGUGUUCUAAGGCCUAUACGCUAUUUGAGGUCUGGUAAGGAUAUGGUGGAGCACACGCGAAUUGGUGAGUGGUACACAAGAAUGGAGAGAGUUGUCGGAGAGCCUUCCAGGAUUAAAGCCUAAACUUAGUGAUUUUUGAGUCCAGACUCCAGCCAUUUUUUUGCUUUGAUCUUAUUACUAAGCUCUUUCGGUUUUGCCUUCAGUUUUUUGAAGGAAAUACAUUUGGGUUUCUAAGUUAACAACAUAUUUGGCUAUUUAGAAAGAUACCACCUUGUGGUGGUGGUAAGAGUUAAAUAUAGAAGAAGAUUAACUUAUCAAUUGAUUCUUUUAGAAAAAUGUUUUAUAUAUGUUGCAGCUGUUCCUAUUGUAAAGAUUAAAGAGAUCUUUUGAGCUGUAUCAAAGAAUAAGGCAAUCUCUGCUGUGCCUGUGAUGUUUAAAACACUGGGUUUAAUCAAAAUUAAUACAUAUAAGGACUUGUUUGAGUUAAA